AGGAGGAGGCAUCCGGCGUCGGCUCCGUCAGCAGUCGGCCCACUCGGCAGCCGACCCCUGGUAGGUGCUCCCUGCGAGCGGGUCCAGCGGCCGGCUGGGCGGCCCCAGGGCGCCGGCGCCAUGAAGCUGUACAGCCUCAGCGUCCUCUACAAAGGCGAGUCCAAGGCAGUGCUCCUGAAAGCUGCGUACGACGUGUCCUCCUUCAGCUUCUUCCAGAGAUCCAGUGUUCAGGAAUUCAUGACCUUUACAAGUCAGCUGAUUGUGGAGCGCUCAGCAAAAGGCAGCAGAGCGUCUGUCAAAGAACAAGAAUAUCUGUGCCACGUCUAUGUCCGAAACGACAGCCUCGCAGGUGUGGUCAUUGCUGACAGUGAAUAUCCUUCCCGGGUGGCUUUUACCUUGCUAGAGAAGGUACUAGAUGAGUUCUCCAAGCAAGUUGACAGGAUAGACUGGCCAGUGGGAUCCCCUGCUACAAUCCACUACACAGCCCUGGAUGAUCACCUUAGUAAAUACCAGAAUCCCCGAGAAGCUGACCCCGUGAGCAAAGUGCAGGCUGAACUAGAUGAGACCAAAAUCAUUCUGCACAACACCAUGGAGUCUUUGUUAGAGCGAGGCGAGAAGCUAGAUGACUUGGUGUCCAAGUCGGAAGUGCUGGGAACGCAGUCCAAAGCCUUCUAUAAAACGGCCCGGAAACAAAACUCGUGCUGUGGGAUCAUGUGAUGCCAGCCAGCAGAGACCCCGGCACUGGAAAUGGCACCAUCAUUCACAACGAGAACUGUAAAGCGCCCAGAAAAGAAGAAAUUGUCACAGAACAGGAUCCAGAGUUGGGGACACGUUUUCACGUUUUAUUUUGGGAGUUUUCUGGGAGGAACUGAGGAGGGUAGUGGAAAGGUUUGGUGGGGGUGGGGGAAUGUUCAAAUGCAUAUGUCGAAUUGUAAUUUCUGGAAAGAUAAUUUGAGGCCCCCAAAGGCAUCUUUUUGGGCCAAAUGAAACCAUAAACUCUCGGUGACUCCUGUAGAUGCUGAAGGACGUGGUUCUCAGACCCCCUCUUGUCCCCAGGAAGGGUUUGAUGGGCCCCUGACUUAAACAGAGUACCACAGGAAGAUCACAACCAGUUCUUUCUUGACCCUUUGUAUAUUAAUUUUAUUAAUGUUAGAAGAAAUUCACUACAGCAAGCAGGAAAGUGUUCCCUCAUUGUAGUGGGGCUGCAGGGCUGGGCUGGGGCCGAGCUCGAAGAUCACAUUCUCUUGGGACAGCCUCUCCAGGCCACGGUGACCAGACCAGGGCAGCAGGCCAGCGCUAGGGCACAUUCUGUCUAGGCGUGCGACUGCGGGGCGGUCAGUGGCCAGGCGAUUGGUGCAGGUGUCCUAAGGAGGCAGCCACCGGGCAGCACAGGUUGCUAAGACCACCUUUCUAUUCCCAUUUUUGUGAAGAUCGGCUUUCUUUGGAGGGCAAGGCCCACCCCAAGCAAUGUUUUCAUCCAGUACCACAAAGGUGACUUCGGUGGAGGUUUUUGGAGGAGCUGAGAUGCUCACGGGGGUACAUAGGUAGUGGCCAUCCCAGCCAGCAGGUUGGGAGUUAGGCCCAGGAAAAUGGGAUGUGUCCCACAGUUUGGUCAGCUGGAAACUGUCUACAGGCCGAAUCCAACCCAGAGUUCUUGGAGCUGCUUGGGUGGCGUCUGCCCUGAGUUGUAAUGGGAUUUUACCUUGAACGUCUGGAUCAAAGCACUGGGUCUUGCAGUCUCUCUAAACCGCUUUAUUUGCCUCUGGCUGCCUGACUGUCUCAGCAGCUGCCUGGGUGGGACCCAGGCAUCUUCACAGGUGGGAGGUGUCUCCAGCUGCCCUCUGCAUCCUGCUUCUGAGCUCAGAAGAAGGGCCGCCUGGCCUCAGGAAUUCUGCCGAGGGCUUGCUCUGGGCCUCUCCUGGCCAGAGGCAGCUGUAGGGGGAGGAGGCCGAGGAGUGGUCUGGCCUCCUGGGACUCAGAAGCCCCUCUUGUCUCACAGGAGGCCUGCCCAGUGCUAGAGACAGGCUCGUGAGAGAGGCUUGUCCAGGCUGCAGUGCCAUGUUCUGGACUGCCCAUUUUAUGCUCCAUGCUUUUGAGGACACAAGCUCAAGCUGCACCUUUGGGAUCCUGUCCUUACAAAGUCCCUGCUGAGAUGGUACCGUGUCACCAAAGUUUGAACCAGCGUGGUCUCAUCUUCGUGAACCCUUCCUUUGAGCUUGUCUCCCUUGCCAUGCUGGCUCUUGAUCACCCAGGAGGUCCUACUCUACCCCACAGAAGUGCCAGGCAGCCAGCCUUCACUGCGUGGGCUAGGGUGGGACCUGGACUGUGCCCGACCCCAGCUCUUGGCAGCUUAGGUGCCGUCUUCUCUCUGGGUACUGUGCUAGCUGAAGGCCUUUAGCUGGCCUGUGUGGUUCUCCUCCUGCCAUGAGGCCCCUCAGUGCAGGGCUGGGCACCUCCACCUCUUUCCAGCCCUGGGAGGUGGCAUACCCCGCCCUGCUCGCUGCAGUCCUGGUGCCUGAAUGUGGGCGCUGACCUGGCCUUUAGCCCCUGGUGGGUUUUGUCACGUUUCAGUCCUUACCCUAGUCUGCACCCACGGGGAGAAAGGAACAGUUCCUUCUCCCACACAGGAGGAAUGCAAGGGGUCAGGCGGGCAGGACGUGAAUCUGCGGGAUACAGGGAUGAGAUUGUCACCCGUAUCUGCUGCCUGCCCUGUACAUCAGUCGGGCCAGCCCUGGGCCAAGUGGAGAGUCCUUGUGGGCAGCGUGGGUAGGGGCUACUCCAGGAGGGGGUUGGCUGUGUGACAGGGCCCUGCAGUGCGGCUUGGUCUCUUGUAUGCUAAUCAUUUGACAAAGAAUGUAUAACUGCUGCCUAACUUUUCUCUGUUCUGUUUGAGAGGUUCCUG